AUGGCCGACUUAAACACGAUAAUCGGGAUCCGUGACUUUACCACCAAGGACCGCGCCUUUCGCCUUGCCGCAUCUGAACUCCGCUCUUUCGGUGACCUGGUCCAGCGGACAUACGCUAGUUUCCACCGCGAUGCACGCCGCGUCUCGUUGCACUUUCACUUUCAACAAAAUACGCCGUGUUCGCCACUACAGCUGCUGAACGAGGAAGAGUGGGAUGCUGGCGAGUACUUUGUCGGUGGCCGGAUUGAAUUCUUUGCGCAUUUUGCUGAGAGGCGAAGUGCGCAACGGGUCGAAGAGCAGGAUAUCAGAACUGGACGAGUUAGGACGACGCCUGCAAGGCCUGGUGAUAGGAGAGGUAGUAGAGCCCCAGUACGAGGGUCGAUGCCACCGCCGCCGCUCCUUCCAGGUGCUCAGAGAAAUACAACAGCUCCUCCGCCUAGGUCUGAUAUGAUGCGAUAUCAGCCUUUUGGAGGUUAUGGAGGUCGGUCUAUGCCACCCAUCCACCCUCUAUCGUAUCCGCCGCCAUUCGCUGUUCCACCGAUGGGCUAUCCGCCAUUCAGUCCCGACCCCAUGCUGCCACGAUUAGGUUCACGUCCACCUCGUCGUAGUGAUGAACUUCAAGCAAGCAAUGAGCGGCGUCCGCGCUCUGAUAAUCAUCAGCGUACUGCCAGUAACACUCCAAGCGACAUCACCCAACAAGGUCCACGUCGUCAUUUCAACAGUGACUCGACGACUGUGUACUCUCUCUGCUCGCCAAUGCCAUAUGAGCAUUAUGGAAGGAGACGGUAUUUUUCCGGUCCAUACGUCUUCAUUCCUUACCCGCCUAGUCCUUUUCGUCAGCGAACUCCAACUGCUAGAAGUGCACGACCGUUUCCAGGCUUCCAACAGCCAGGCGGGACUGUACAGACUCCAACAGCCGAUGCUGGACGACGCGAACCCUCGAUAGCACAGCCCAAUAAAGCUGCUCAGGGGUCUUUACUGCGCACUGGUUCACGCCAGACAGUCACUGGUUCUCGUCGUCGCCGCCAGCCCUUAUCUGAGAGUAGUCUGGAGCUAGACAGAUUAUCCAGUCCGACGUACGAGCGGGAAGACACUGCCGGGCCGCAGGAUCAAGCAGUACCUAGUCGACGCUCCGUCUCGCGUAGUUCAGUUACGUCAGAUGGACUGUUUGUUUCUGAGCGGUCUGGUCCGCCUGAUAUGGAAGCGUUGGGAUGGGACGAGGAGGAUGUAGAUUUAGAGUAA